UGGCGAAAGUUUAGCUUCUGCUUCGAGUAUUUCCGCUUCGUGGCACUUUCGUCAUUGACCCAAAUCUGAUGUACGACUGUUGUCCGGCCUGGUCCAAGUUCGAAGAACCCAAGCGCCAAACCGUUGAUUGAAACAAAAAAACAAUUCCAAUUGGCGGCAACUCAAUCAAGAUGAGAUAAUUGAAAAGCUCAUCGAUUAAUAGACCAAUUUCGGCACCAAGGCAUCCACCCAUCAGUCAGUCGAUGCUGAGCUGUGGACAGCUAUGGAACGAGGCGCGAUGUGGGCACUUGUGAGGUUGAUUCUGCUUCAAACUUUUGUGAUUCAGGGCGUGCUGGGAGCGUGCAGUCGGAUUCCGCAAGGAGCCAGCGGAGAACGGUCUGCGGUGGAUGAAAACUUUCGCAUUUUGAUCGAUGGAAAUCCAGCGACCUAUGUACCCGAGCAUCAGUACAACGUGUCGCUUUCGUGUCCCAUCAAUCUAAAGUUUGUGAGCUUUACGCUGGUCAUCGAGAGCGAGGAUCAGACGACGGCCUUCAGCGGACUGGACAUGACCGGGCACUUUGAGCUGGUGGGCUCCCCCGACACCAGAUUCAGCGUCGGCUGCGAGAACAUGGUCGAGAGCACCAACACGAAUGCCAAAACGCAUAUCGAAGUCUCGUGGGUGGCCCCAAAGUCGCCCGAAAGUGGCUGUGUCCUCAUCAAGGCGGGGGUGGUGCAGCAGCGCGAUGUUUGGUUCAUUGAUGAAGGAUUCCUCACCAAGCGCAUCUGCCCCGAGGAAAUUGAUGAGCUGAACAGCCUGACACCGCCACUCCGGAGCUGUUGUGCCUGCGAUGAGGCCAAGUACGAGAUCGUCCUCGAGCGCAAGUGGACCAGGAACACACAUGCCAGGGACUUUCCAGUCGAGGCCUGGCGCACGCGCUUGGGCGAGGUGAUUGGCGCCUCGCAUAGCUAUGACUACCGCUACUGGGCCUACGGAGGAAGAGCCAGCCUGGGCAUGCGAGAGAUGGCCGAGCAUGGAGCUACCCGUACCCUGGAGCAGGAGAUCCGAGACAACACACAAAAUGGCGCAGUGCGUACCAUCAUCAAGGCGCCGGGCAUUCCACAUCGCUUGAAUGCCUUUGGCUCCACGCUGGCCAAUGCUCGUGUGGAUCCGAAUCAUCAUCAGAUCUCGCUGGCUGCCAAAAUCGAUCCUUCACCCGAUUGGAUACUGGGUGUGGCAGGACUGGAACUGUGUCUCAGCAAUUGCACCUGGCUGCAGCGAAAGGUAUUGAACCUGUACCCCUGGGACAUAGGCACCGAUUCGGGACCCUCAUAUAUGUCGCCCGACCAGCCACAGGUUCCACCAGAUGUGAUACGACGGAUAUCUUCCUCGUAUCCCAGCGAUUACCGUUCGCCCUUCUUCGAUGACACCGGCACCUCAAUGAAGCCCUUGGCCACGCUCCACCUGACAAGGAAGAAGCUCUACAUCCGCGAAUGCGAAGAGGUGUCGCAGGGUGGACGGGGACCCCUGGAAUGUGCUGUGCAUCCUUGGAACGAUUGGAGCAACUGCAGCACCCGCUGUGGUCAGGGCUACACCCAGCGCAUACGCAGCUACAAGAAUGCCAACCUGGCGGCCAACUACAACUGUGACAUUCGACUGGAGGAGAUGCGCCAGUGCCAGGGCACACAGUGCGGACCGGGCGAGGAAGAGUAUGCAAUUGGAAGCCCCGGCCAGGAUGUGGGUUUGGGUAUGGGUGGGGAGAGUGCGACAGGUACUGGCUCCAUGGCCGAGUGUCAGCUGAGCAGCUGGAGUGAGUGGUCUCCGUGCUCUAAAACCUGCGGUCGAGGCAUCUCCACGCGCACACGCGACUAUUACAAUCCCCAGGCGAGGCAGCGAUGUCUGACGGUCAUGCGCCUGCCCAUGGAGGAGACCAGACAGUGUCUGGGCUCUGACUGUGGCGGCACCAUACCCGACAACGGGGAGCUCGACGGUUUGCCGGAGCCAGAGCUGUUCGGCGAACCCAAUCAGACUCCCAGCUGGAGCACAAAUAGUAACAACAACAGAAUGGAUAAUCCUUAUGCGGGAUCAGCAAAUCAGGGCUGGAAGAGACAGGGUUUCAGCAACGCCGAGAGUGACAAUACCUUUGAGAGAUCACCGUACGGCUCUGUGGAUAGAUCGCCGGAUAGCAGUUCGCCCUUUGGCCAGACAGACAAUCAGCUACGUUCACCGUUCGAUCCAAUCGGCAAUCGCCGGGGCUAUGACACAGCACGGCAGCCACUCGAUUCGGAACGAGAGCGUCCUAGCUACAACACCUACGGCAGUGAGAAGAUGGUGGGCAACAGACCCGGAAGCACUUACAAUGACUACAAUUCGGGCUACAACAUCAACGAUUACAGCACCCCGAACCUGCGGCCAGGCUUGGCCUUCACCACUAGAUCUCCAUAUGGAGGACGUUUUCCUAGUCGCCAGCAGGACAUGCCCGAUCCGGGCAGCAGCGGCAGCAGCACCUACAAUGUGGUGCAGGAUUACUGCUUCGAGAAGCCGAUCGCCUCCACGCGCCCCUGCCUGGCCAAUCCGGUGAUUGUGGGCAACUACUGGUUCUACGAUCACGAUGACCACGAGUGCAAGAUCUUCACCACGGACAACUGCGAUGAGAACAAGAAUCGUUUCCGUUCUUUGAUGGCCUGCGAAGGUACAUGCCUGCAGCCCCAGAUGAAUGUGGAGCGAAGCGAAAAUGAAGCCAUGGAUCUAUAUGGCGGUGGAUCCUACGCCCAGACACGCGGACCUUAUGGCGCCGCAGUAGGGGAUAUCGAUGAAGCACCGAUGUCACACACAAGGAACACAUUUGAUUCAUUCAGACCGCGUCGUUAUGGCAGCUGAAUGUGUUCGAAGAGGAUUAAUAAAGUAUUACGAGUCGAGG